GGCACUAUUCGGCCAUUUCGUCGGCCAUGCUACGGCGCGAAUGCAGUUCGGCAAUGUAGAAUUUUUCGAUCCCUAUUUGUUUCCCUUCGUAGCUUCAUUGAGAAAUUAUAGCACUAUGAAUUGGGAGGAAGAAGUUUUCAAGAUUGGCAGGCAGCUGGAGAAGAUAGUCGGACAAGAAGGAGCAAUGGAUUCUGAAAGUGCAGUGGAUCUCUUGAAAAGGUUGAAAGACCUGCCCAUCACUCUUGAAGUGCUUCAAAAAACUAGAAUAGGCAUGUCUGUCAACACUCUGAGAAAAAAGAGUGAAAAUGCAGACCUACAGACACAGGCAAAGUCACUCAUUAAAUCCUGGAAAAAACUUUUACCCGAGAAAUCAGGAGGAAAGAAUGAAGAGUCCAGUAUGGAUAGAAAAACUCCAAACAGGGAUAAAUCAAGUCGAAGCAAUUCACCUGCAGAAAAAGCAAAGUCGUCCACCACACCAACCACUCCCCAAGAAAACAAAGUUGCCUCAUUCCCACCCCCAAAGGUCACAAGUGACUCUGUGCGGGGAAGAUGCAGAGAAAUGAUUGCAAACUCCCUCAAAGUGGAAGAGGGUAUUGAACCAACCACCACUCCUGAAGACUUUGCUGCAGCUUGCGAGGAAUGUAUAUUUCAAGAGUUUAGAGACACAAAUAUGAAAUAUAAACAGCGUGUCAGAAGUCGUGUCAGCAACCUACGGGAUGCAAAAAAUCCCCUGCUUAAAGCGAAAGUACUCACUGGUGAGAUUUCACCAGAAAGAUUUGCAACGAUGCCUACAGAGGAAAUGGCAAGUGACGAGAUGAAACAGUUUCGGCAGGAAUGUGCCAAAGAGGGGAUUCGCGAAGCGCAAGUUGCUAAAAACCAAGGCACAGAAACAGCACUGUUUAAAUGUGGAAAGUGUGGCAAGCGCAGGACUACCUACACACAAUUACAAACACGAAGCGCUGAUGAACCCAUGACAACUUUCGUUCUUUGUUUGGAAUGUGGAAACCGGUGGAAAUUUUGUUGACAACGCAAUGUUUUGCAGUAUUCAUCUUUUUCCCGACCGCGGUCCUCAGUAAUGAUUUUAGUUCAUCAACGCACUGCUUGGUUCAUAUAUAUAGGUCGAAUUUGCUCAAGACUAUCUGCAUUCAAGCUAUAUUUAUUAACUGCUAGCUAGAAAUCUAGAUAGCAUCCGUUAGAAUUAUUCUUGGGGCGCUUCUCGAUCGAGUGUCGUAAAGCCAAAACCAAAGUUAUCACAACAGCCAAUCAGAA